AUGCCAGGCACCCUGAUACCUCCAUGGUAUAUCAAGGACGACAUAUCAGCUUUCGAGCACAAGGUAGUCACGCUGACAUGGGGUAUCCAGCUUGGGCUUGGCUGGCUCGCUGGAGUCAAAGCGGCACGUCAGACUCUCAAGAAAUGGCGAAGAUCUCGUCGAAUAACAGGUUACGUGGUGAUGAUCUGGACUGAGUGGAUCGCUUCGAUGACAAUGGGCAUUCUAUGUUGGCUGUUUGUAGACGGAACUCUACAGCCUAGGCAAUUAUAUCCCGAUCGUAUCUCUGAAUCCCACACUGAUGAUAAACAGCUUGGAAUACUAUCUCUUCAUUGGUGUGUCAUGCUCUCAGUAUCACACUAUGUUACAUCUGACAAUCUGAAGAUCCACAUCAUCCUGCAGAUCAUCAUAAAUCGACUUGCUAUUGUCAUUGCAGAUCAAAAGAUAGCGCAAAGACUGAAGUGGUUCACUGCAGGUAUUAUUCUGGUCAUUAAUAUCUCCGUGUUCUGCGUAUGGAUACCAUCUCGCCUACAAAUCUCUCCUCAAUGGAUCUACGCAAACAAAAUCUGGGACCGCAUGGAAAAAUGCCUCUUUCUUAUCCUGGAUGCUGGCCUAAACAUAUACUUCAUCAUUUCCGUGAAGCAGAACCUGAUAUCGAGAGGGCUCACCAAGUAUACCCCACUCUUUGGAUUCAACUUAUUCAUGAUUGGAGUCUCGAUCUUUGUGGACAUCUUAAUCCUUAGCGUAAUGAACCUCCGAAAUGAUUACAUAUCUAUCCAGUUCCAGGCCCUAGCAUAUAUCAUCAAACUACACAUUGAGAUGGACAUGGCAGCGCUGAUUACCAAACUUGCAAGGGGACCUCAUCGAUACGGCGACCAUGACAAUUCUCAUUUCAUAAGCACCAAUCUCGGCACGACUACGAGAGGCCGACCAAGUGCUGGGCCUCAAUUACAUGUACAACCAGGCCUGAUCCAGUCUCACUCGGUGAACACACUGACCACCGAGAUUGGUCGUGGAACGGACGAUAUACCGUUCUGCGAUCAGGGAAUCACAAAAACCGUGGUAACAAGGGUAGAGUUUCAAAGUCAGGGCGAGUGUGACAUCGGUCAUGACACACUUUCAGCUCCAUCAAGUAGAAAUGGUGAAGAUCUGGAGUUGAGCUCUCGCAGUUCGACGAGGGAGCUGAUACAUGCUACUUAA